AUGCCUGCCAAGGGCCUUCGAGUUGUAUACUUCGUACAUGGCUACAGCGAGGAUGCUUAUGACCAGUUCAGUCCUCGAUUGAGUUUGCUCUUGGCGCAGUGCAAGUCCAAGCUCGUCGACCUCAUCAUGAAGAUCGCUGUGCCUUGGCUGAUCAGCAUGGUGUCACCGGCCUUCUGGUCCCGAGCUUCGGGGCUCAACCGGCUUCGGCACAGCGCAAGAGUUGAGCUUCAUUUCACCGAACAGGUCCUUCUGUUGUCGGCUGUUGCCUCUCCCAUGCGGCUCCUGUGCCUUUCAGUGAAAGCCAAGAAGCAAUCAAAGAAGCAAGUCAGAGAGCUGAAGCCGUCCCAGAAGGCCAAGAAGUCCGGCGAGGACUCCGCGACGGGAUGGUUGAGUGACAUCCAGACGAGGAUCAAGCAGGACCUGAUGAAGAAGGUGGCUGAGAUGAUUGAGGUCAACAUCGCGAACUUCCACAUCCGUUUUGAGGACUCUGUGACCCAACCCGUGCCGUACGCUUGUGGCUUCAAGCUGGGCUACGCAGCCGUCUUCGCCAACGAGGACAACAGCUCGCAGCGAACCACGGGCGUGUGGAGGGCGCGGGCUGGGGGUCAUGUGUAG